AUGGUGAUGAAGCCCUCCACAGACGAAGGCCUUGUGCCAGCCCCGCUCUCGAAAGCGAACCCCCCAUAUCCCGUCACACCUGGCGAAGAGCACGCGCCUGCAGUGCCUUCCACGUCCGCGCACAAUGGCUAUCCUGCAGGCUCCAGCAGUACCCCAGCCUUCAACUUUCAGGCCCCCAACGCAGCAGCACCACGCAAGAAUGACGAUCUCCUCGACGAGUCCGACUACAGCGACGAAGACUGGGACAAGUCGGGCGACGAGUGGGACGACCCUAGUCCGGCGAGCGUACCAGACGCGCUGAAGCCAGCGGGGGGGAAGGCACCGGCACCGGCGUCCAGCACUCAAGGCGCUAUUCCAGAUGCUCUGAAAGCUGGUCCGCCGGCAGGUGUGCCUAUCAAGAAGUCCUGGGAGAAUAUUUCGCCUAUGGCUACCGGGGCCAGUGGUGUUUCAUAUGGCGGCGUCAGCACAAUCUCGAACGAUGGCUCGACCGGCUCGGUGCCGCUGAAGACGAACAACCCAUAUCUGAAGAUGCAGACGACCGGGCAGAGCACCUUUGACGGGGACAAUGUUUGGGGAGAUUCACAUGGACAAUCCCAGCAAUUCGAUCCUGUAGAGCUUCCUGCUUAUCAGACCCCGGCUACACCAACCAACCACAUGGCCAAUCUCAACCUAGACGACAAUACUACUCAACGCCAUAGAGAGCCCUCUGUCUACCAGCCACCUCUAGUAGCGCUCGAGACGGCCACACCUCACACCGACCAUCUAAGAGAUGAGUCCCCGAGUGCCAACCCGUGGAGCACAGCUGCAGAUAAGCACGACUUCGCGGCGCCGGCGAUUCAACCUGCUUGGGCACCACCUCCUCCUCCUCAGUCGCAGCCUCCACCAGUUCCACAGACUCAUGAACAACCGCCUCACUACAUACUGCAGCAGACAUCUUCGCUGCCUCAAGAUGAGCCUUUGCCACCAUUGCCGCCAAGGAGGUCAACUGAGGAGCAGCCACCGCCAUUUCCUCCACGGCCACUUGAGACUGGUAUUAUCGGGGCAUCAACAUCUCUAGGCCCCGAGUCGCCGAACACUGCUAUGAAUAGGCAAAGGAGAGAGCACUACCAGAUCAAGCACAUCAGGUGGCACGAUGUCAACAAGCCUGGUGUGCGCACCUCACCCAUCCUCACUCAGAACCUCAAUGGACCAUGUCCAUUACUGGCUCUGGUGAAUGCCCUGGUUCUGUCAACGCCUGCUGGUAUCGACACUGCUUUAGUUGAGACAUUGCGCACACGAGAGCAAGUCAGUCUCGGCCUACUACUCGAUGCCGUAUUCGACGAGCUCAUGUCAGGGCGACGCGGUGAUGCAGCACAGGAGCUUCCAGAUGUCAGCGAUCUCUAUAAGUUCCUCCUCGCUCUGCACACUGGUCUGAAUGUCAACCCAAUGUUUGUACCUGACACAGACGCUACUCACGGCAAUACUGCACUUGUCAACCGCCCAGGUGCGAAAGCCGGAGGUUUCGAAAAUACAUCUGACAUGAAGCUGUAUCGUACAUUCGAUAUUCCCUUGAUUCAUGGGUGGCUGCCCGAACCAGGAUCUGAAGCAUACCAGGCUUUCGAGCGUGUGGCAAAGUCUUAUGAAACAUCGCAGUAUGUGCAGUUCCAAGAAGAAGAGUUGGACGCAAAGUUACAAUCUGGUCAGCCUUUGACUGGCAGUGAGCAACAAAUGUUCACCGACAUCCAUGCCAUCAAGGAAUUCCUGAGCCGAUGGCCGACUCAGCUUACAGACCACGGUCUGAAGAUUAUGAAGGACAGUCUACAACCCGGUCAGGUCGUAAUUCUGUUCCGCAAUGAUCACUUCUCGACCGUCUUCAAGGAUCCUCGGACACAGAACCUUGUCACCCUGGUCACAGACCAAGGCUAUUCAUCGCAUGAUGAGAUUGUGUGGGAGUCGUUGAUUGAUGUAAAUGGCAUGGGCAGUGAGCUAUUUUCAGGCGAUUUCCGACCUGUUGGCAACCACGAAUCUGCUCCUCAAGGCGCCGUACAGCACCAGGAGCAACGGCAGAGUCCGGUCGUCGACGAUAGCCAAGGUUGGACCACUGUUCUGACUCGUCGCCCGGUCCAGCAACAAACAGUAGCAGCUACAGACCCAGCUAUUCAAGCUGAUGAGCCUACUUCGCCUACGGGCCUUAGCAGGGCCGAACAGGAGGACCAUGAUCUCGCCUUGGCGCUUCAGCUGCAAGAGGAAGAAGAGGAUCGCGGACGACGCGAGACCGAGCAGCGUGUGCGAGACAAUCAGGCAUCCGAAAAUGCGAUAGCUACGCAAGCACUCGAGCGCCCCACUAAUCCUAGAGCUUCACGCGCUGGAGAGCAGCCACCAGUGAUCCCACCUCGCCGCAACAACAAUAAUAUCACGGGUCACAGACCAAACCAGGGUCCAGCGCCACCACCAACUUAUGAAGAAGCUUCAACGGCUCCGCAGUAUAACCCGCCUCCAGGUCAUCCUGCGAGUGCAAACGCACCAUUACCCGGACAGGGCAGUGCAUACCAGAAUACCGGUAGCGGUCUUGCGCCCGGAGCUGGUCCCGCUGGCCGCAGAUACUCAGGACGACUACCAUCCAGCUCAAUCAUCGGGAGGCCUGGACGGCGACAGAGCGCUGGAGUAGUGGGUCCAAAUGGCGAAGAAAGGGAGAAGUGCGUUGUCAUGUAG